CGGAAGCGAAGCUGUAGUGAUCCGGAAGCGUUGGUGGCGGGCCUUACGGUGCUCCGGAGGCUGAACGGUAGCGGGGUCUCCGUACCGGAGCGUUGGUGUGGCCGCCAUGUUUAUGACCGGAGUGGCUUUGGCCAAGAGCAAGUCCAAGGUUAUUCUUGUGAGAAUGUUGAGUGAAGCGGGAACAGGCUACUCUUUCAACAAAACAAGAAAACGGGUCCAAGAAAAGUUGGUUAUGCUGAGAUAUGAUCCAUUUGUUAAGAAGCAAGUUCUUUUCAGAGAGCAAAAAAAAAUCCGUUCCGUCUAGAUAACAGCUGGCUCAAAUGACUUGAUUUGUAGAUGAGGCAGACCUGUGAGGAGAAAUACUAAGCUGAUGACCCUGUAGCAUUCUCAGGAAGGAGAGGAGAUGGACUGUGAUGGUAGGAUCCUGAGAUCCGAAGGCUAUUGUGCACAAGAACAGUGUGGGAAAAGAAAGUUCUUAGUGUCUGGCUACAGAUUUUCACAUCACCAAUUUAUCUUUUGAGAUAUUUUUA